AUUUUUAAUCUGCAUUUAAAUUGUAAAAAUAUUGCUAUAUAAACCGGAUUCAAGACCUAUUUGCUAUCAACUGGGAAAUACUUUCAGUGCGACACUUCAGCUCAAUUUACAUCAUGCUUCGAAUUUUGGUUUUAAUGAUUACAUUCGCUUUAAUGACUGGUAGUGCUUUUUGUUCUAUCGAGAACCUUAUGCGUAUUUUUGGCGGUGGAAGUGCUAAUUCUAAAGGCAGUGGAUCUUCUACUUUGGAUGUCAACAGAGUGAUAAAUGUAAUUCCACCCACUAACGAUUUCUCUUUUGGAUAUGGCUUUCGUCCUGGAUUCUUUUGAUUUGGUCCGGACUUAUAUUAUUUGUUUUGUGUUGAGGGCAGCUGGUUUCAUGUAAAGCGUACUCGCUUUAUAAUAAAUACAUAUACUAUUUAUCCAAUGCUACAAAUACAAUCAAUUCUGUCACAUUAA